AUGAAGGUAGCAGCUUUACUCUCCAUGCUGAUUCCCAGCGUUCUGGGGACGACGAUCUACCUUGCCGGAGAUUCAACCAUGGCCAAAAAUGGUGGUGGUAAAGGCACGAACGGCUGGGGCGAAUAUGUCACCCCGUAUACUACAGCCACCGUGUCGAACCAAGCCGUCGGUGGUCGAAGUGCCCGAUCUUUCACGCGUGAAGGCCGUUUCAACACAAUCGCCAACCAGGUCAAGCCCGGUGAUUGGGUGAUCAUCGAAUUCGGACAUAAUGACGGAGGUGGUCUCGGGUCAGGAGACAACGGCCGCACUGAUUGUGGCGGAACAGGCGACGAGACUUGCACUUCCGUCUACAACGGAGUCACCGAGACCGUCCUGACCUUCCCCAAGUACUUAGAGAACGCGACCAAGAUGUUCAAGUCAAAGGGUGCCAACGUCAUCAUCUCCAGUCAAACCCCCAACAACGUGUGGGAGGGUGGCUCUUACUCCUACUCGCCAUCUCGCUUCGUGGGCUACGCCAAGUUGGCGGCUGAGAAGGCGGGUGUGCAUUACAUUGACCACGGCGCCUAUGUGGCUGAUAUCUACAAGACCAAGGGAAAGGAUGUCGUCAACUCGUGGUACCCAAACGACCACACCCACACCAGCCCGGCUGGCGCAUCGGUUGUCGCUCAAGCAUUCUUCAAGGCGGUUGUGUGCACCAAGCCUGGCUUGCAAAAUCUCUUGAAGACACAGAACUUUGAAGGCAAGUGCCUGUGA